AAUCAGGUUGAUAGUUAGAGAGAGAUAUGAAUUCUGCCGGAGAUCAAAGAGGUUGGGAUGGUGUGCAUGGUAUACCGUAUUUACCGGUGAUUACUCGUGAACAACUUGAUGAUUAUUUUCGACGACGCGAGUCAGUUCCAUUACCUGCUGGCGGAAUUGCACCCGUUGAUAAACAACGUGUGAUUUCUGUCGGUGUGGAUGGUAUACCGAAUAUACCGGUGAUUACUCGUGAACAACUUCGUGAUUAUCUUCGACGCCCCCAGCAGUCACCUCCAAUACUUGGCAGAAUUGCACCCUUUAUACUUAAUGAGGUUGAUAAGCAACGUGUGACUAAUUUGGCUAAGCGAUGCUUGCAACUCUACAAUGACCAAAAUGAGAGGAGGUUUGAGUUUCAUGAGCUUGUCUAUGUUAAGAGGCAAUGUGGCCCUACGUUUUCCAUUACUUUUACUGCACGCUCUGCUGAUAAUGCAUUUGAAACCUUUUAUGGCGAAGUGUGGCACAAAUUCGAUAAUACCCUCCAUGUCAGAGGGAUUGUUAUUAAGCAGUAAAUUGGUACAUCUCAAGAAGCUGGUACAUCUCAAGCCUAAGUUGUGGAAUCUGAGUUCUGGUAAAUGUUCUAGUUGUGUGUUCAUGGUUUCUUCAAGAAGGAAAACUCUGAUGCUGUUAUAUAAUUUUAAUACUCAUGAAAUAGUGCACUGUGUAUUGCACAGUGAUAGACAUAAUAACUGACAGCUGAUGAGCAUUAUUUACAGAAUUUAUGGAAUUUGUUAGUGUUCUAGCUUCUAUCGUUAACUUGCUCUAUUAAUAUAAUUUUCGAUUUGUGAAUGGUGA